CUCCUUCUUCCUCAUCUUUCCAAGCCUUUGACCAGUCCCCCCGCACUUUCUCCUUCUUCACCACCCACUUCCUCUUCUUCGUCACGCUUUCUCUCUCUCUCUCGUCUUUCUCUCUCCACAUCGGGCUUUUGGGAUAUUUUUGGUUGGAGUAAUAUCUUCCAAGAGGUUGUUCGUUCAGACAUGGCUGCCAAGGCUCGUUCCGCCGCCCAGAAAGCCGCCGCCGAGUCUGCCAUCCGUUCUAUUGGUUUGGGUUUUGAUCUCACCCUUGACUUGCGCCUCAAGUAUUGUAAAGCUUCCUCCUCCUCCCCCGACUCUCGUCUCAUCGCCAUGGGUGACCGGGUCGUUCGGGAUAUUGCAAUUCCCGGCGGUGUUUGUAUCCCCAACGUUCCUAAAUCCAUCAACUGCGAUAAAGGCGAGCGCAUGAGGCUCGGCUCAGAUGUUCUCUCUUUUCAACAGAUGUCAGAGAAGUUUAACCAGGAUCUAUCACUUUCUGGGAAAAUCCCAACUGGUCAUUUCAACACUGCUUUCGAAUUCACCGGAGGUUGGCAGAAAGACGCUGCCAACACCAAGGCUCUUGCCUUUGAUGGAGUUUAUAUCACUCUCUACACCAUUGCCCUCGACAAAUCCCAGCACCUUUUGCGUGAUCAUGUCAAACAAGCCGUUCCCUCCUCAUGGGAUCCUGCUGCAUUGGCAAGGUUUAUUGAAAAGUAUGGUACUCAUGUAAUUGUUGGAGUGAAAAUGGGAGGAAAAGAUACAAUUUAUGUGAAGCAGCAACAUUCAUCACCACUCCAACCAGCUGAUCUACAGAAAAAAAUUAAGGACAUGGCUGACAAAUUGUUUGUGGAUGUACACAAUAAGAAUUCUGAUAAAUCCAAUAUGAGAGACAAGUUAUUCCAGGACCGGGGCCGAAACAUCAUGGACUCUAUUCCAUCCAGUUCUUAUUCCUGUAUAGAGAUGCAAGAUACUAAAUUCUCCUGCAAGAGGAAAGGUGGAAACUUACAAAAAUAUCUAUCCCACGAUGAGUGGUGUCAAACUGUUUAUUUCGAUCCAGAUGUAAUCUCCAUGUCUUUAGUUCCCAUCACAUCAUUGCUGAGUGGCAUUAAUGGGAGUGGAUUUUUAAGCCAUGCCAUUAAUCUCUACCUUCGAUAUAAACCACCAGUCGAAGAGCUGCACCAGUUUUUGGAUUUCCAACUUCCAAGGCAGUGGGCACCAGUAUUUGGUGAGCUUGCCCUUGGUCCUCAGAAGAGGCCACAAGGUGGUGCAUCUUUGCAGUUUAGUUUCAUGGGGCCUAAGCUCUAUGUUAACACAACUCCGGUUGAUGUGGGUAAGAAGCCGGUGACUGGUCUUCGCUUGUAUCUAGAAGGCAAAAGAAGCAACUGCUUAGCAAUCCACUUGCAGCACCUUUCAUCGCUGCCGAAUACCUUCCAACUCCAGGAGGAAGUAAAUGGGAACGUUUCACGCCCCUCCUCUGACCGCAGGUACUUCGAGAAGGUUCAGUGGAAGAGCUUCUCUCAUGUCUGCACAGCCCCUGUUGAGGCUAAUGAUGAUCUGUCUGUUGUCACUGGGGCUCACUUUGAAGUUGGAGACUCCAGUUUGAAGAAAGUUCUAUUCUUGAGACUGCAUUUUGCUAAAGUUGUAGGAGCAACAACUGUGAGACAGCAUGAGUGGGAUGGUUCCCCUGGAUUGGGACAGAAAUCUGGAAUCAUUUCAACAUUGAUUAGCACUCAUUUCUCGACUGCUCAAAAACCUCCUCCAAAACCUUCUGACGUUAACAUGAACUCGGCUGUGUACCCUGGAGGCCCUCCGGUUCCAUCCCAGGCACCUAAACUUCUGAAGUUUGUUGACACUACAGAAAUGACUAGAGGACCACAGGACUCUCCUGGAUAUUGGGCUGUUUCUGGGGCAAGACUCGUCGUUGAAAAGGGUAAAAUUUCUCUCCGGGUCAAGUAUUCUCUUCUAACCGUGAUCUUACCUGAUGAAGAGGCACUAGAAGAGUUCUGACAAAACCGAAUUAUUGAAAGGGGAAGCGAGUGAAAGAAGGAACAACAUAGGCAUGUAUGUGUAUUGUAAAGAGAACUGAAAUGGUUUCUUGGACUUGUCAAACGUUUCAAUAGGAGAAAGAAAAUGUUCGGAGAUUCAAUUAGUUGUUGUAUAUAAAAUUCACUUUAUUUCUUGUAGAUGCUUCUUCUGGGGUGCUAAUAUUUGAAUAUUUAGUUUGUAAGAUUAAAUUUUUUGAAAGAAAAAAAACUGUCCAAGAGCUAGUUCUGUA